UCAGUUUGGCAGGUCUGCUUAAGAGCACCAUGACGUCCUUCAUCCUCUUUCUCUGGAUCCUUUCGGCGGUCCCGGUGCUCUCGGCCCGGGUCUUAGCUGGUCCGGGCUGUGCCCCUUGUGACCCGGCUCAGUGUGCUUCUCUCCCGGUGGAGGGCUGUCCUUCUGGCUCUGUUCUGGACUCGUGCGCCUGCUGCUCGGUGUGUGCCGCCUCGGAGGGACAGACGUGCGGCGGCCGCCGCGCGGCAGCCCGCCGCUGCGGGGCCGGGAUGGAGUGCGUAAAGGGCGACGCGCACAAGAAGAGCAAACUGGGGGUGUGCGUGUGUAAAAGCAACUACGAGGUGUGCGGUACCGACGGAGUGACGCACAAGAGCAGCUGCGCACUGAAGAGCGCAAGCCUGACCGCCGAGAAGGAGGGCAAAGAACCAAUCAGCAUGCAGAACAAGGGACGCUGUUCCACAGCUCCAGUCAUCGUCACUGCUCCAGAUGAGGUCUACAACGUGAGCGGCUCUCAGGUGUACCUGAGUUGUGAGGCGGUGGGCGUGCCCACACCUGUCCUCACCUGGAAGAAGGUCCUCAGUGGGAAGAAGAGGAUGGAGCUUCUUCCUGGAGACAGAGACAACCUGGCGAUUCAAACAAGAGGAGGGCCAGAGAAACAUGAAGUGACCGGCUGGGUGCUGAUCUCCCCUCUGACCAAAGAAGAAGAAGGAUCGUACGAGUGUCACGCAACCAACUCUAAAGGAGAAGCCUCAGCUAUCGGAGCCAUUCACCUGGUCGAGUCCAGCAAUGACAUCAAACAAGGCAACAACACACACACAACCAAAUGAAGCAAAGCAAACCUCAUUGAGAGAGGUAGCCAUACGAAUAAACAUACAAGGAAUAUGAAUCGUUUAGUGAUACUGACCAAACAUGCCUUUUCCUUUAAAUACUAAUGACCUCCCCCCCCCAUUACACAGUGACGAUGAGAGAAUGCUAAGGAAGCUCCUUCUCAGUCCCUCACAAGCAGACGUUUGACGUACAAGAACCAUAACAAAUGGCAGGAGUUGUUUUUGGUGUCAGAAGACAUGAUGUCAGAUACCCAAUUGAAUGUGUAGAAGCACAUUAUAUCGCUUUUAUCUAUUAACCUGAACCAGCUCUAACUUUAUUUAUCGAAGAGGAAAGUCUUCUACUCUUAAAUAAGGUGACUGUCUGCUUGUUAACUCCCAUCUCUCUAGUACUACAAUCUCCUUAAGACAAGUUAGUGCCUUGUUGGUGAGGAGAAGGAUUUUAAAUGAUGUUCUUGAUCUAUUGAUUUUCUAGUUGAUAUAGAACCACGUUUUAACCACACGGAACUAAACUCCAAACAGCAAAAACAGUUCCACUGAAUUAAAAUAAACAUGCAUUUAAAAAAAAUGUUGAUGGUUAAAAUAAAACACUGAUAUUGAUAAAUUAAUGUAUAUACUGAUAGAGAAAAUAAAUACUAAUAGAAUAUUUAGUUUUAUGUUCCUCCCAUGACUCCCAUGUAUCUUCC